GAUGCAAAUUGUCAUCAAGUUGACAAAAGAACAAAUAUCGCUAAAUAGGUCAGAAAUAAGAAAAGAUGAGGAAAUUAACUACACUCUAAAGAAUUAUUGUGACCUAUCUAAUUUAAAUAAUAUUCAUAUUGGAUCUAUACUUAUGGCAUUAAUUCAACGAUAUAAAGAUAAUAGAAUCUAUACGAAAUGUGGUAGAACAUUAUUUGCUUUAAAUCCUAUGAAGACAAUUAAGAGUUUAUACAACAAUGAGAAAAUGAUUGAAUAUUUAAAAGGUUUAGCACACGAGCCUCAUAUUUAUCAAAUAGCUGAGGAGACUUUUCAAAAUGAUGCAAAAGUGAAUAGCAUCGUUGUAACUGGAGAAAGUGGGUCUGGAAAAACGGAAAAUGUGAAGCAUUUAAUAAAUUAUUUUGCAUCAAGAAAUGGGCAUUUGAACGAAAAAGCCAUAGAAAGGCGUUUAAUCGAAUCGAAUGCUCUACUUGAAGCUAUGGGAAACGCUAAAACGAAUUUAAACACAAACUCCUCAAGAUUUGUCAAAUUGAUUAGGAUUUACUUUGAUUCGAAAAAGACAAUGGUCGGAGCUAAUAUAGACGCUGUUUUACUUGAAAAAAUGAGAGUUCAUUCAUUGGAAUUAUCUAAUUUUCACAUCUUUUAUCAACUCUUAGGUUUGCCUAAAUCUGAAUUGACUAAAUAUCUUGGAAAAUAUGGCAUUAAUGAAAAUGAAGGCCAAUCAAAUUUGAACAAAACUAUAAAUUCGUUAAGACAAACAAAUUUUGAACAACACGAAAUUGAUGGCUUAAUGCAAUUAAUAGCAUCGCUUAUUCUUCUAAAGAGAAUUGAUUUUGAAAAGGAAGAAGAUUGUGCAAUUGCUCAACCAAUCUUCAAAAGAGGAAAUAUCAACGAGGCUUUAAAUCUUAUUGAAAAUGCUCUUCUAUUAGACUAUACGGAAAUUUUAAGAGCAAUAUCGACCCGACAGCUACGAGCUGGAACGAGGAGAAAGAGCGUUUUCGUUGUUCAAUACUCAGCCGGAGAAGCAAAAGAACGAUUGAAUAGUUUCAUAGAAUUUCUGUAUUGUAGAACUUUUUCAUUUAUUGUAAAAAAAAUAAACCAAGAUUUAUCACCGUCUAUAGAGACUAUUAAGACAAUUCAAAUUCUUGAUAUAUUUGGUUUUGAAUCAAUGGAAGUAAAUUCACUAGAACAGCUAUCAAUCAAUUUUGCCAACGAAAAACUUCAAGACCAUUAUUUAACUGUAUGCGUAAUAGAUAAACAAAAAAAAUUUGUUGAGGAGGGUCUGGACGUUGAGAGAAAUAACCUUUGGAAACAUGUGUCAAAAACUUCAGAUGAAAUUUCAGAAUUAUUAUUUUCAGCUUUAAAUGACCCAGUUGUAAUGAAAAAUAACUUUGCGAAGAAGGCAGUUAUGGAUAGCUUAUGUUUAAAUUGUCAACAAUCUAAAUUAAUUAAACCGAAACCUCAUACGUCUACAUUUGUUAUUAGCCAUUACGCGAAAAAUGUUGAAUAUUCAAUAAUUGGUAUGGUGGAAAAGAAUUCGGCCGCGGAUAUAAGAACUUGGACAAGUUUAAUAUCAAAUAGCGAGAGUUCAUUUAUAAGGAAUCUAAUUGAUAAUAAUAAUGUAGAUGAUAAAAAAUUUACAACUAAUAGACGUCGACAUACAUUAUUAACCGAACAUAGAGUAUCGGUUGAAAAUCUGAUAAAACUACUUGAAAAAACAGAAGAACGCUUCGUAAGAUGUUUUAAACCAUCUAAUAUAACUGCACAAAAUCACCAAAAUGGCGUUGAAAUAAAUGGAUGUUAUUUGUAUCAGCAACUUAAGAAUAGUGGUAUAGUACAGGAGGUAUAUUUAACCCAGAAAGAUUAUCCAUACUUCCAUAAGUAUGAUUUAUUACAUAGAAAUUAUCGUCUUCCUACUCAAAAUGUCGAUAAUGAUAAAGAACUGAGAGAUGCUAUUGAAAAAUUUCUAGAAUCUCUUAAUAUACCUGAAUUUGAAAAGAGUAUAAAAUUUGGCAAAACUGGAAUAUUUAUGAAUGAUUUGGCAAAUAAUUCAAUUGAAAAUUAUUAUUUAAAUAUUAAGAGAAAAAAUGUUAUUACAAUUACAAAAUAUUGGAAAAGUUAUAUUUUAAGAAAGAAACUAAAAACAAUCGUUGAAAGGAAUAGAGCUGCGUUAAAAAUACAGAAAUUUAUUAGGAGGAGAAGCUUGCAGAAAAAUACAGCUGUAAUGGAAGUAAUACAUAAUAAUUCUCUUCCUAACGGACAAGGAACAACGUCGAAUGGCAAUGAAAAUAAAAAAUUUAUAGGAUUUUUUUCUUAUGGUAACCCAUUAAUAAGGUUUAGAACAAGUGAACUAAACUAUAAUCUUUAUGAAUCAUCAAUUCAUUCAACUUGCAAAAGAUACGGUAGUUAUAAAUUAAAUCAACAUAGUUUAGAUGAUGAAAUCGAUUAG